AUGGAAGUGUCGCAUGAGCGGGUCGAAAAGAUUCAAGGCUUUGCUAGGAACCGUCAGAAGGCCGAGGGCUUUUAUGACCAGCAGCAAAUAAGCUCGUCCGAUAUCCAAGCCUAUGAAAGGAAAUUGGACGACACGCUAAGGGAGCUCCAGGAUCGAGUAAAACGCCAGGAGGAAGAUAUACGCAGCCUUCGGGCGGCCAAUGCCAACGAUAUAUAUGAAAUAAGCACCGAACCGUCGAUCCGCAUCGCUCAAAUACAGAGGGCCAAGAAAGCCUACGACUCUCUUUUGAAUUCGGAUGCAGAUUUACCAGAACCCGAAUCUCCUCUGCCAUCCCUAGUUGCGCUUGAGGAGACGCUGCGCAUUAUUCAGGAGAGCAAGAUAUCCGUUUCAGUGACAGCAGAGAAAAUCGCAGCGGCGCGCCAACGUUUGAAGACAGAAGAGACGAACUUGCGCAGUGCGCAGUCAAUAAGAGAUGGACUCCGCAAACGAAUAGAGAGCAUUAAAAAGGACAGAUCAGCCAACAGAGAGAAGCCACCUUUCGAAGUUGCACGCGAAAUUCUACAAGAACAGCAACAGAGAAAACAUGACCUCGACAAAGACACGGAUCGCAUACGGGAAGCUUUACACAAUUUUUGUGACGAAAACCUCGCGUCAAUGAUCGCAGCAGAGAACUUAGGCGGCCCGGCUGUGGGAGACAUAGCAGAUGUUUCUGACGCUACUUUAGCAGCCGGGUAUACACGUCUUGGUAAACCGAAGAAGCCCAAGGCCAUUGAGGAGGAUGAUCAGAACACUAACCAGCAUCGGAUUGAUGAUAUGCUCCGUCGCCAAACCGGACAAGAGCGCAAUCAGCCACCCAACAGGCGAGAGGCAGCGGCGACUGAAAUACACGAGCUCCUUGAUGCUUUGUUGGACGCGGGUUCAUCUUAUACGGACCUCCCCGAAGAAUCGGCCGCGUCGAGAUUCCUUGUAAGAGCAAAAGUUGCUCAGUUCCACCCGCGCGAUGCAAGACGACUGAGGUUGAUUGACUUUGGCCGUUCACUACAUGAUUGA